CCGUUUCUGUCGCGGUUUGUGUCGCGAUGGCGCUGGAGUCGCUCCGAUACCGCCGCGGUUCGCUCGAGGUUCUGAACCAGCGGCUGCUGCCGGGGCAGCUCCGCUACGAACGGGUGGGGGGCGUGGAGCGGGCCUGGGGCGCCAUCCGCGACAUGGAGGUGCGGGGGGCCCCGGCCAUCGCCCUGCUGGGCUGCCUCAGCCUGGCCGUGGAGCUGGCGGGGGGCGCGGGCCCCCAGGAGGAUUUGGGGGCGCUCGAGGAGUUCGUGGGGCAGAGAUUGGGGUUCCUGCUCAGCGCCCGCCCCACGGCCGCCAACCUGGGCAGGGAGGCCGAGAGGCUGCGGGGGUGGCUCCGCAAAAAGGUGCGGGAGACCCCCGGGGUGACCCCCCAGGAGCUGCGAGAGAGCAUCAUCGAGUACAUCGAGGGGCUGCUGGCCAAGGACCGGCGCGACAAUCGCAGCAUCGGCACCCACGGGGCCGAGCACAUCCUGGGGGGGGUCCCGGGCGGGGGUCCCGUCACCCUCCUGACCCACUGCAACACCGGGACCCUCGCCACGGCCGGCUACGGCACCGCCCUGGGUGUGGUGCGGGCCCUGCACGAGCGGGGGUCGCUGUCCCGCGUGUUCUGCACUGAGACCCGGCCCUUCCACCAGGGCUCACGGCUCUCGGCGCUGGAGCUGCGGCACGACGGGAUCCCGGUCACGAUCAUCGCCGACAGCGCCGCCGCCGCCGCCAUGCGGGAGCGCGGCGUGCACGCCGUGGUGGUGGGAGCCGACCGCGUAGCCGCCAACGGUGACGUGGCCAACAAGAUCGGGACGUUCCAGCUGGCGCUGGCCGCGCGCCACCUGCGCGUCCCCUUCUACGUGGCCGCCCCCAGCAGCAGCUGCGACCCCUCGCUGGCCUCGGGCAGCCUGAUCCCCAUCGAGGAGCGCCCGGGCACCGAGCUCACCCGGCUCGGGGAUGUUCUCCUGGCCGAACCCGAGGUGGACGUAUGGAACCCAGCGUUUGACGUCACGCCGCACGAGCUGAUCACGGGGGGCAUCAUCACCGAGUGGGGGGUGUUUUCCCCGUCCCAGCUCUGCCGGGAGCUGGCGGAGCGCGGGGAGCGCUGACGGUUUCCGCCUCGGUGUAUCCCGGCAGCCUCUGUGGC